AACUAUUUAUCGACAUUGGUCCAUCUCCCGACGCCAUUUUUAAGAUCCUCGCGUCAUAAACAACAAAGCUUGUAAAUAAAAACAAAAUUGAGUGUUUAAAUUAUUGAGGUAAAUUUGAAAGAAAGUAUUGUUUCAGUCAGUGAGAGUGAAGAACUCAAAGAACCACCAGACGCAAGCCGGGAUAAGUUCACUUCCUCGAAAGGAAAACUUGCUCCUAUAUUUUUUGUCCUUCAGCUUGGCAGAUACAAAGGGAACUUCAUCUUCCAAUAAUCCAAGUCGACCAACCUCCUUCAAAAUGGCCAAUCCGCGCAAGUUCAGCGAAAAGAUCGCCCUGCAGAAGCAGAAGCAGGCCGAGGGCACGGCGGAGUUCGAACGGAUCAUGAAGGAGGUCUAUGCCACGAAACGGGACGAACCGCCGGCCAAUCAAAAGAUUCUGGAGUGCCUGGGCAACCAGGAGGGCAGCCAAUCCUCGCCAGGAACGGCCGGGAAUGGCGGUAGCGGCGGCAGUGGCACAGGCAGUGGAGCAAGCGGCGGUGGAGCCUCGCCGGAUGGCUUGGCUGGCGGCGGAGGCGGUUCACCGACGGCGUAUCGCGAGUCGCGGGGUCGGAGUGUGGGCGUGGGCCCGAUGCGACGACCCUCGGAGCGAAAGCAGGACCGGUCACCGUACGGCAGCAGCUCCACAACGCAGCAGACUUUGGACAACGGCCAGCCCAAUCCGCAUCUCCUGGGCCCGCCCACGUCGGAUAGUUUGUGGCGUCGCUCCAACUCCGAUUCGGCCCUGCACCAGAGCCUGAAUAUGGCAGUGGCGGCAGAAGCAUCUGGCGGAUUCUCCACGGAUCUCAACUCUCUGCACGCCAACUACCAACAGCAGCAGCAGCAGCAACAGCAACAUCAGCCGGUCCAGCAACGAUCUCACUCGCCGCAUCAUGCGAUAGGCAGGAGUUUCAGUCCGCAGGCUCAGCGCCGGAAGUCGCCGAUGCUGCAGCCGCACCAGCUUCAGUUGCAACAGCUCCAGCAGCAGCAACAACAGAUGCAGCAGCAGCACCAACUGAUGCAGAUGCAGCAACAGCAACAGCACCAACAACAGCAUCAGCAGCAGCAACACCAGCAGUUGCAACACCAGCAACAGCAACAACAGCAGCAACAGACCACGCCAUAUAACGCCAAAUUCCCGAACUCACUGUUCCGGCCGCUACAGGAUCAGGCCAACUACGCCAACACCGGCUCCCUGCCAGAUCUCACAGCACUUCAGAACUACGCACCCCAGCCGCAGCCGCAGCCGCAGCAGCAGCAGCAGACGCUGCAACAGCAACAGCAGCAGCAGUUGCAACAAACCCUAUCGCCGGUCAUGUCGCCGCACAAUCAUCGUCGGGAAAGGGAUCAGUCGCCGAGUCCAUUUAGUCCAGCGGGUGGAGGAGGAGGUGGAGCGGGUCCUGGGUCUCCAUAUCACCAGCAGCAGCCCUCGCCCACCAGCAACGCGCAACAACAACAGCAGCAACAGCAACCUAGCAGCUCGCCACACCUGUCCUUCACCAAUCUGGCCACAACGCAAGCGGCCGCGGGAUCGGGCACCUUCAAUCCCCUGCCGACGCUGGGGCCGCACAAUGCCACCGAUUACCGCCAGCCACCGAAUCCGCCUAGUCCGCGCUCCUCGCCCGGCCUCCUGAGCAGCGUCUCGGCCACGGAUCUGCACUCGAGUGCGCCGGCCAGUCCGAUCCGCCACCAGCAACAGCAGCAGCAGCAGCAACAAGUGCCACAGCAGCAGCAGCAGCAGUUCGAUACCUCAUACAACAGUCUGAAUACCUCGUUUCACAGUCAGUUCGAGAUCUUCUCGCUCGGCGACAGCAAUUCCUCGCCGGAGCAGCAGGGAUUCGCCAACUUUGUAGACUUUGAUGACUUGAGCGGCGGAGGCAGCGGUGGCGGCAGUGGAGGAGGAGGCGGCGGUGGCGGUGGCAACUCCGGAAGCGGAGGCAGCAAUGGAGGUGGUCCACUGACAAAUGGCUACAACAAGGAGAUGCUGGACUUUAGCGAGCUGAGCGGCAGCCCCGAGGCGAGCGGGAACAACAACCACCUGCGGAGGGGGGGUGUCAACAACCUGAACAACAACGGGCUGAGCAAUGGAGUCGGUUCGACGCACAACGGAAGCACAAAUCUUAACGGAGCGGGGAACAAUAAUAGCAGUAGUAAUGCGGGAGAUCCUUUGGGGAUAGCUGCAUCGCCAGUUCCGUCGCCUCUCGGAUGUCCCAGCUCUCCGCUUCCAAUACCCAUGUCGGCACAGGCCUCGCCGCAGCAGCAACACCACCACCACCACCAUCACAACCAACAUCAGCAACAGCAGCAGCAGCAACAGCACCUGCAACAGCAACAACUGUCGCUAUCGCUGCACCAUUCUCCACACCACUCGCCGAUGCAUUCGCCGCAUCAUGGGAAUUCUCCGCUGUCGAGCAGUUCACCCUGCUCCAACUCCAAUGUGCUGCUGAAUCACCACCAACAGCAACAGCAGCAGCAGCAUCACCACCAGCCACAUCACCACCAAGGAGCGUCGCAAAGUCAUACGCCCACGACAGCGAAUAUACCUUCGAUUAUAUUCAGUGAUUACUCCUCCAAUGCGGACUUCUCGAGGGAGAUCUUCGACACCCUGGACCUGGAUCUGGGCCAAAUGGACGUGGCCGGAUUGCAGAUGCUGUCGGACCAAAAUCCCAUCAUGAUCGCCGAUCCGAACAUCGAGGACAGCUUUCGGCGCGACCUCAACUGAUACUAUGAGGAGGCUGUUGCGGCCAUCGAAAGCGGAGUGCUGCUGGAGGAUACCUACCAGGCGCUGCUGGGAUCCGGAUCGGAGCAGGACGAGCUGGCAGCAACAGUUGAGGAUGCAGCCGAGACCGCAGCAGCCGUAGCUUUGGCAGCCGAAGCAGCAUCAGCAGUUAGUGAAAAGGAUAAAAAGGAGCUGGAGGUGGUGGAGCUGCUGGUGCCUGGGGUGAUGGAUGACCUGGUGGACUCCAGCGACCUGGACGAGGAGGUGCGCAACUUCUUCUUUUAGGCCGUUUUCGUUAGCCAUUUUUCGUUAGUUUUUAACCGUUUUCGUCCGUGCUUUCGUAGCUAGUUCUUAAAAAGAAAAAACUUAAAAAGAAAAAUGAAAUUUAGCAAAAAAAUCAAGCAUCAUUAACCCCUAAGUGUACUUCAGUGUCUUUUUACACCCUCUUUCCUCUUAAAAAAAAAAAAACAAAAAUGAAAAACCAAGAAAAUCCCUUGCCCCUUGCGAGAGUCUCAGAUUUUACUUAACUACGCACAUAAGUCACUCUACAAUUUAAACACCUUAUUUCUGUAUAUAAAAAAAAGGAUAUGAAAGAGAAAGGAUACCGCAGAAAGGCAAGUAAGCGAAAAGCGAAAAAGGAUUGAAACCAAAAAGUGUCUUAGACCAACGACCAAAAUUAUAUUCUCUAUGCAAGAAAAAAUGAAAUAUCUGUUAUCUCUAGCUAAUUCAGAUUUAAAUCUAUAUACCCUAUAUGUCCUAGACACCCAACCAUAUUUCGAUUCGUUUGUUCCAGAUCCCGAAAGAUACAUAGAUAGCUAAUUAUUCAGAUACCCAGAUCUACUAACAUAAUCCCAAUGUGCCGUCGAAGCAAUUACUAGAAUUUUAAGAUGACGAUAUCGAAACCGAUCCCCUCACUUUUCGAAUAAAAGCGAUAGAUAGAUAUGUACAUUCGAGAGAUCCUUUUUUCAUAAAUUCAGUAUCACAAACGAGUAUCUAACCAUACAAAUACAUAUAUAGCUGAUAGUCCAGGCACAAGUCGACAAAUUUUUACGAAAACCAUCAAGAAUCAAAAUCGAACUCAAAACAAGCAAAACUCAAGAACUAAAGGAAUUUUUUUUUUUUUUACAAAUCUUUAACAAUAUAGUAGAUAGGGUUUUCCAACAAAAAAAAAAAACAAAAAAACGUAACUAUCCAAGCAUGGAAUUACGACUACUCUACCACAAUCUACAAUAUCCCCGAUUUUCGAAAUCAUUUAAUUGCAAACUACAUAAAUAAUUACAAAUAUUUAAGAGUCAAAUCAAAGAAAGCUUUAUGGCCUGCAACCACAAUAAAGAGAUCCUGAAAUCUAAAUAUAUAAUAUAUACUGUUUAUAAAUAAUAUGAAUUAAUUCGAGUCUUAAUUCUACUUAAUAAUUGUAACAAAAAAAAUUGCAAAACAAAAAAAAACUUACAAAAAAAAAGCUUCAAAAGUGCAAAGUAAAAAAUUUUUGUUAUUUUAUUCGAGUACCAGAAAUUCUAUAAAUAUACACAACUAUCCGUAAUAUUGGUAUAUAUAUUAGUGAGAUAAUGUCUUUGCUAAUCCACAGCCCCCAACAAAUAGAUAUCCUUUUUUUAAUUAUCGAUGUAAACUCUAGUUAUAAACUAAACUUAAAUGAGACGAGGUAUAAACAAAAAAAAAAACGAAAAAAUAAGCGACACAAAAAGCGAAGAAAAAGAAUUAAAACAAACAUUUAAAUUUUAAAUGUAAUUAAUGAUGUAAUUUAUGUGGGAAAUGCGCGCGCAAAAAAAAAAUUAAGAUUGAUAACAUAUUUGUUUUUUGCUAUUAUGUGUUGGAAGUAUACACGUAAUUAAAAACAUAAUAAUACUAGAUAAGUCAGAGAGAAAUGCUAAUUAUAAAUUAUACUAUUAAAUUAAAUUAAUUGUGUAUGUAAUAUAUAAUUACAUUUAUAAAGUUUAAUGUGAGAAACGACGGUACAUCAACACCGGAUACCCGGAUACCGGAGAUCGGAGACCGUAGACCCGAGAAAAAAAUAAGCCAUAAGAUUAUAUUCAAUGUAAUAACACAGUUAUUUGUUUCAAAUAAAUCUUAAAUUUGAUUUUAAA